AAAAAAUCAUUUUAUUAAAAUUUCCAUGAAAAAAUUUUUGCCGAAAGCGCCAAAUUAAUCAAGCAUGACAAAGCACGUGCUUUUUACAAAAUGUAAACAAAUCCAUUCAUAAAAUAUUUAGCUACGAAAAUGGAUAAAAUUGUUUUAAGUUACCAUGAUUCUUUACUAAGGGAGUCAGACCUACGUUUAUUAGAUACUGGGCAAUGGUUGAACGACAAAAUAAUUGGAUUUAUGUUUCAGUAUUUUCAAUACGAAGUUUUCAGCAAGAAUUUCGAAGAAAUUUCGUUCUUAGACCCAGAUCUUGUGCAUUUAGUGAAAAUGAUGCCAGACAGGGAAAUCCCCUCAAUCCUCGAAUCCCUAAACCUUGAACCCAAACGUUUCAUUUUUCUCCCAAUAAACGAUAACGACGACGCACAAGCAGGAGGAAGUCACUGGAGCCUCCUCAUAUUCGACGCCGAGCAAGAAUGUUUCGAACAUUUCGAUUCAAGUGGCGAUUACAACCACACAGUGGCAGUAGAGGUGGCUGGAAAAUUUUCAAAAGUUUUAAAAUCAAACAAACUUGCGAGAAUGGAAACUCCCCAGCAGUGUAAUGGUUCAGAUUGUGGAGUUUACGUCGUCAAACUAACUGAGGUGAUCUGUAAAUCAAAACUAGACGCGUCGUCACCGUGGCAACCGUCGUUGAUUACAAAUGAUUUCAUCGCUAACGAGCGAGAAAAUAUCAGGAGAAUAAUUUUAACAAAAGCUGGGAAAUUGUGAAGUUUAUUUCAAAGUGAGUUUCAAUUGGAAGGUGAAGUUUGACAACUAAAAACAUCCUUUGCAACAAAAAAACAAGCGCCAUAACUAAGACUUGAACCCCCACCCCCCCACUCACCAAAACCAGGAGGGGCGUCAUCAUCUCGGUCGGGUUUGAUACAACCGAGACAUCGGCCCAUGGAUAAAAGACCUAGGUGUUGAAAGUUGUUGGUAAAUUUUAACUGUAUAAGUAUAGUGGGGGAAGAUGGAAACCUUUUCAUUCUAUUUCUUCCCCUAACUAUAUACAAAUAUAAUUAAAAUUUCAGCAAAAUUAGUUCGUUUUGUUUGAUCAAAAUUCAAAAAAUAUUUUCAUUUCUUUACAACUUUUUGUUUUAUCUUAUGUGAACUUUGUUAGUUUUGUUUGAAAUUAAACUUUAUUACAACAA